AAGAUGUGUUCCAAACUCACCCUGCUUCUGGGCUUAGUAGCCUUAGUAGCAGCUGCUUCUGCCGUCGAUGAUCCAACAUCACCAACAUCUCCGACUUCUCCAACUUCUCCGACGUCUCCAACUUCGCCAACUGAUUCAGCUUCACCGACUUCUCCUACUUCUCCAACAACACCAACUUCUCCGAGUACUCCAACUUCUCCCACUUCUCCAAGCACACCAGAUGCUGCUACUACUGCCACCACUGCAGCCUCGACUUCGACCACGACUACCACAGCAAAGACUCGCAAGUUGCGCAGGCGCCGAAGGUUCCGCAUCCGCAGGUUCAGGAGGGGCAAUGGUGGCCGCAGAUUCGGUAGACGCCGAUUCCGUGAAAGAAAUUUUGGAGGACGCAGAUUCCGUGAACGCAAUUUCGAAGGACGCAGAUUCCGUGAAGGCAAUUUCGAGGGACGCAGAUUUCGGGAUGGCGAAUUCCGUGAGCGCAGAUUUGAAAGCAUCAUCUAAGCCCUAUCCAUCGUUUUAUUAAUAAAAUAAUAUCGAAAUAUCAAGUUAA